GUCAUCAGUGCACUUUCUACUCUUGUCAGAUUUGUUUUUUUUCCAAUGCAUUGCCAAGUCUAUCCCUUGUUUUUCUCCCCCAAUAAUUCCCAGUUCUAACUUUUUGUAUGAUGUAUUUUUCUCAGAGAAAAUCUUAAAUCAAAAUCAUAGACUUUAUUUUUAACUCCAUAAGUUUAACUUAUUUGGUACCCUUUAAAUCAGCAACCCUUUCUUACCAAACACCAACCACACCAUCCAUGGCUUCCACUUUCUCCCCUUUGCUCUUCUUUCUUCCCCUUCUAUUUCUUGACCCUCUCUUCUGCAAAGCCAAUCUUCACCAUUCCAAAACCUUCCUCAGAUCAUCCCUUAUUUCCCAACCAUUAACCAAUGCCACCAUUCUACCAACUCUCUUUUUUGAAGUCACCAAACCCAUCAAUGUCCCAACUACCACGCCCUGUACCCUCUCUGUCCUUCAACAUGACUUUGGUUUCACUUAUGGCAAACCUCCUGUUUUGGCAAACUACAGCUUCCCAUCCGAUUGCCCAUAUCAGGAAUUUUCCAAGAUUGUCCUGGAAUGGAAUGCUACCUGCAAAGGAAGGCAAUUUGACAGGAUUUUUGGAGUUUGGUUAUCUGGAGUGGAGCUUUUGAGAAGCUGCACAGCUGAACCUAGAGCUACUGGGAUCAUUUGGAGUGUGAAAAAGGAUAUUACAAGGUAUUCCUCAUUGCUUUUAUCCAACAAGACUCAAACUUUUGCUAUUUAUAUGGGAAAUCUUGUUGACAAAACUUAUACCGGUGUUUACCAUGUCAAUGUCACUCUUUAUUUUUACCCUGCUGUGGAAAAAAUGAACCUUUAUGAGGAAAAGGCAAGAAAUUUAGGGUCUGGGUUUGCUUCUAAAGCUGAUUUGAUCAUACCCUUUUCGCGUGAUUUGCCAUUGAAUGAUGGGUUGUGGUAUGAGAUCGAGAAUUCUACUGAUGUUAUAGUGAAGGAAUUUGAAAUUCCUCAAAAUGUUUAUAGGGCUGUGUUGGAGGUGUAUGUGUCAUUUCAUGAGAAUGAUGAGUUUUGGUAUGGGAAUCUUCCAAACGAGUAUAUUGCUGCCAAUAAUAUUACAGGUUUUGCUGGAAAUGGACCUUUUAGAGAGGUUGUGGUUAGUUUGGAUGAUGAAGUAGUUGGUGCCAUUUGGCCUUUUACUGUGGUUUACACAGGAGGAAUUAAUCCGCUCUUAUGGCGUCCCAUUAGUGGUAUUGGUUCAUUUGAUCUCCCUACUUAUGAUAUCGAAAUUAGUCCCUUUUUGGGGAGUUUAUUGGAUGGGAAAAAACAUAAACUAAGUUUUGGUGUUACAAAUGCCUUGAAUGUGUGGUACAUUGAUGCCAAUUUGCAUCUAUGGUUAGAUAGCAAUAGUGCAAAGACUGAAGGGAAGCUUUUGCAACAUAAAGUGGCUCCUCUUGCUGUUUCUUCUGUUUUAGAUUUUAAGGGAUUGAAUGGAACCUUUGUUACUAAUACAUCCAGGUUCGUAUCCUCUACUGGAUGGGUCAAGUCCACUUAUGGGACGGUCACAACUGAAUCCAUUCAAGAUUUAAGGUAUAGCAACUCCAUGUUGAUGGGCAGGGAUGGGAAUCUGCAGAUUGUGAAUCAGACGAUCCAUUUUGAAGACAGUGUUUAUGCAAAGUUACCAGCUUCUAAUGUCGAAUCAAAGAAAUCACUCAAGAGGUUUCAUUUAUACUUAUACACUGAUGAUGUUGAUCAAGGAAAUGGAACUCUAUCGAUGGUAGUUAAUGUCACAUUAGGAUUCAAUGAGAAGAAGUUUAAAGAUGCCGAUGCCAGGUCGCCUAGCAGUUCACUCAGAAAUUUGCAGAAAGGAAAGGGUGUUAUAGUUAUAAAAGACAACCUGGUUGUGAGUGGAGUGGGAAGUACCCAACAAUCAUACAAUUACGAUAGUAGUAAAUUUUGCUACUCUAGAAACAUAAGCAGCUCAAACUACACCAUUCUUCACGAUGAAGUGCGAAACACAUGUAAUAAAAGAGCAAAAUCUCAUUUUGGAUACGGUCUUAGCAGAAGGUGGUCAUUUCCAGCUAGAAGAGCUUUUCUAACGUCUCAUGUAGUUGAUCCGAAUGGAAACUAGUAUUUUGACUCCUUUGAUUCUUGACUUGCUUUAUUUGGAGUUCUCGAAUUAGAUAAUCAAGAUUCGUGCAUAUGGAUACUCCAAAUAAAUGCUAGCGUUCAUGGUUUCCGUUUAUGUGAAAAGGUUUCUAUGGGACGUACCUUCGGGUGACAAAACUUGAAGAUGAUAUUUAAUUGUUGGUGUGGGAGUACUGGAUUGUUACAAAUAUCUCACAUUUUUUGUGUUUGAUGAACAUUAAUGGGGAAGAGCAAAUAAGCCAAUUCCAUUCUCUUCUCACAAGUCGUCGGUGAUAUUAUGCUUCUAAUAAUUUCCUCUCAUUUGUUGAGAAACUUAUUGUGUGAAAUUUGUUAAACCGUAAUUGGAAAUUAUAUAAAUUAGAUUUCUGAUUUUUAAUUCAA